UCAUUUGUGAUAGAGAGGCAAGGACAGACAACAUGCGGUCGGUCGGUCGGUCAGUCGGUCGGUCAGGGAAGGCAUUUUCUAUUGAAUAGACCAGUGACGUCAUAAGGUAGGAAUAUUUAAAGGUACAAAAAACUGUCGGGGUGCGGCGGCGGCGGCGGCACCUGUUGUGUGUCAGAAAGUUAGGUCCCCAUAUGCACGGGGACUUCAGAUAUCUUGUAACCUUCUACCCCGUCACGCGCCCAACCGCCCGUGAAGUUGGAAGCAGUUUGCACGCACGCAUGCACGUACGGACGGACGCACGGACGGGGCCGUGCUGGAGGCAUGUGGGCAGUGACAAGUUCACAACAGAGGGGAGGCAAAGGGAAGCGAGGCGAGGCGAGGCGAGGCGAAGCGAAGCGAGGGGACCGGAGGCGAGGCGAGGCGCGCAAUGCAAUGACGGGCAACUUGUACGCAGCAGCUGUGAGCGAUCGCGUGCAGAGGGACGAAAUGGGCAUGGCCAGCGAAGACCUGCUGGUGACCCUGCAAAUAUUACCCGCUUUCUUUUCCAUUUGCCUUUUCCUGGCGCUCUACGACUCAAUGGUGCUCGUCAAGCGCAUUGUUUCGCGCUUGCGUUGCUCCAGGUCCGCCGGCUCGGGAAAGUGGCGUCGCAUGUUGACAAGGGCUGGGAUCCGCUCCAUCUGGAAGAGUUUCUUGCUGGACGCUUACAAAAAGGUCAAAGUGGGCUGCGAGGCACCAAACUCCAAAGUGGUCAAGGUGACGACAGACAGUUCUCAUCGGCGCAAGAUGAUCGAGCCUAACCAGCGAGGCGGCGGCGGCGGCGGCGGCGGCGGCGGCGGCGGCGGCGGGAGGCUCGGCAAGCCGGACGAAUGCCACCUCCUGGAUUUGGAAUCGUCAGGUCGCCCUCUGGUGGUCAACUUUGGCUCAGCCACUUGACCCCCCUUUGUCAGCCACCUGCCCACCUUUGUGCGCUUGGUGGAAGACUUCAGCCACGUGGCUGACUUUGUGCUGGUGUACAUCGACGAGGCUCAUCCAUCUGACGGCUGGGCGGCCCCGCCUAUGGGCCCUCGCUCUUUCGCCGUACGCAAGCAUCGAAGUUUAGAAGAGAGGCUGGGAGCGGCACGCCAGCUGAUUGAGCACUUUUCUCUGCCCCCACAGUGUCAGCUGGUAGCUGACUGUAUGGACAACAAUGCUAAUGUGGCUUACGGCGUUUCCAACGAACGCGUGUGCAUAGUACAAUGCAGAAAGGUACGCUAUCUGGGCGGCAAGGGGCCUUUUUUUUACAAUCUCAACCAUGUGCGCCAGUGGCUGGAACAAAGCUAUGGCAAACGGUAGAAGGGGAGAGAGAGGGAGAGCGACAGAGCCACACAGAGAGUAUCCUGACUUUUUGGACCUCAAAAAUAACCUGGCUUUUUAUUUGUGCCUAGGACUAAAGCCGUUGGUUUGCAUACUUAGCAAAGGGCCCCUUCAUAUGCAUUCUUGGUCAAAAUUGUUUGAGGUGGCUCAUGCAGUGGUGGAAUGAACAACAUGAGAGGUUUUCUUUUGACAACUGAAAAGGUUAUUGUUAUGUCCUCCAAAAGAGACAAUAUGUUUUGGGCUUCUGAUUGUCCUAAAUGAACCAUUUGAGUUGAGUCUCUAUAGCAGGGGUGGGCAAUUGCGGUCCUCGAGGGCCCCUCGAGGGCCCCCGGCCGGUGUCCUGCAUGUUUUCUAUGUUGCACCUGAACACACCUGAUCCAAAUGGUCCGAUCAUUAGCAAGGUCUGCACAAGCUGGAUAACAAUCCGGAUCAUUAGAGUCAGGUGUGUUGCAGCAGGGAGACCUAUAAAACAUGCGGAACACGGGCGGGCCCACCGGGUGGGGCACACCCCACCCCACCCCACCCCUAUCGCGUCAUGCUUGUGCACUAUUCUUAGCACAGCUCCAACUUAACUCUAUUCAUGACUGUCUUUUUUUAUGAAAAUCAGUUGUUGUUGUUGUUUGUGUGCAGUUGCUCCUCAAUAACUUGUCCUUAAGUGUAACACCAGCAACCUAGGUUCUAAUUGAGACAGCAGACGAGCCAUCUGUGACAAUGAAGCCUUUGAACAUUCUUCUUCAUCCAGUGUCAAGUCAUGUUGCGGCAUGAAUUUGACCACCUUUAAAAGGCAGGUGCACUCCAAUUUGGCAUUGAAAUGAUGAGUGUGUCAUGGAAACGCAUACAAGUGGUGUCAUUUCGUUCCGAAACACACACAGCAGUCUAUAUCAAAGUGUCAUGCAAUAAUACUGCCUUCAACCAUUGCAGAGGCAGCUACUUACUUACUUACGUACGUAUAUAUAAAUAGUCAUUCAUCGGGGACCGCAUUGUGCACUUGCAUCCUGGCACCACACAUGAAUGCCUUGAAAGAAGAAGCAUGUUGAUGGAAAUGUGGGAGUUGCGUUUAAUAGUCUGGCUGGCUGGCUGGCUGGCUGGCUGGCCUACUGGCCGGGCGGCCGGCUAGCUGGCUGGCAACAAGUCGAGUUUCAACAACUCUUAGUUGAUUUGCUAAUUCCGUAUCCAUUCCACGUUUGUCGCCCUACCGAGAAGCUUCAUUGUGUUCAAACAACAUUUCUGUCUGUCAACACGCUUGACAGCUAAAGAGUUUUGCAAUUUGUCGUCUAUGUCGAGUUGCGUUAUUUCUCUCCUUGUGUUUCUGUGAAUCAGAUGCUGGCUUCCUUCUCCUGUUGUUGAUGAUAAAGGUGUAUUGAUGAAAACCUGCGAUGAAAGAGUAUGUAACUCAGUCUCCGGUUGGAUAGCGAAGCACACCUCAUCAACUUUCCAAGCAUUGCAUCUCUUCCUUUAUGUCAAACCUGAAACUUUGAUCGAAAUCACUCUGUUGAUUUUCUUCACCGACGCAAUAAAGUGGAAAAUAAA